UAGGACCCAGUGUGCUGCGCGCGACAGAGAAAAAAACGAGCAAGUGUGCUCGCGCUCUAAAGCCGCCGCGAAGCGUCCAUGCCAACAAGCGCUUCCAGGUUUCAAACGAGUGCCGACCACCACAAAGAGCGCAGGCGUCUGAAUUUUAUUUCUUUUUCCCAGAAGUGAAAAACCAACACUCGUUUUAUUUCGGGUUGAAAAAUGUAUAAUAAAAGGUCUCAUCUCCAGGGCUAUAGCGGCUAAAGGCACCUGCUCCUCAAGACUUCAGCCUUAUUCUUAGUGAUAUGUUAAGCGCAGUCAGCACUAUGACUGAUGGGGACUAUGAUUAUUUGAUUAAACUCCUGGCUCUCGGAGACUCAGGAGUGGGAAAAACCACCUUCCUUUACCGCUAUACAGACAACAAGUUCAACCCCAAAUUCAUCACUACCGUGGGCAUUGACUUCAGGGAAAAACGAGUGGUGUACAGCACUAACAGCUCGAAUGGAACUACAGGAAAGACUUUUAAAGUGCAUCUGCAGCUCUGGGACACAGCAGGACAGGAGAGGUUUAGAAGCUUGACGACAGCUUUCUUCAGAGACGCAAUGGGAUUUCUGCUCAUGUUCGACCUGACGAGUCAGCAAAGCUUUCUGAACGUCCGCAACUGGAUGAGUCAGCUACAGGCAAAUGCCUACUGCGAAAAUCCGGAUAUCGUUCUCAUCGGAAACAAAGCGGACCUGGCGGAUCAAAGAGAAGUCCAGGAGAAGCAAGCUAAAGAACUGGCGGAUAAAUACGGCAUCCCGUACUUUGAGACGAGUGCAGCCACUGGAGCAGCAGUGGACAAAGCAGUGGUCACUCUGCUCGACCUGGUGAUGAAGAGAAUGGAGCAGUGUGUCGAAAGACCAGAUAAAGUCGACGCACAUCACACAGACAACACCAGCAAACUAAGCGCUGCGCCAACAGCGGAGAAAAAAUGCGCCUGUUAGAAAUUGCCUUAUUGCGCCCUCGUGUGGACGGCGUGUGGAGCUACGGCUCAUGUCCUGUACGUACAGUACUCGUGUGGUUAUGAAAGCAGGGCGCGGGAUGUGUUUGUGAAAGCAUUUAAAUGUAUGAAUAUUUUUUUCUUGUUCGUAGUACAUCUAGUGGUUUUUGCAGAAAAACAAUCUGGUUAAUAAGCUUUGUCUUUUCCCACGUUAUAAUUGGUCAUUUAAACAACCGUUUAAACAAGGAAAUUCUUUCUAACUAUAUUUAUUUCUUUAUAAAUAGUUUGAUAGUUUUUUUUUUUUUAUAUUCAGUUUUUACUUGCAUUAAAGCAUGGGAAUACUUA